AUGUUGAGGAGUAUUAUCGCUGGACGACAACUUCUGGGCAGUGGCGGGAGUGUCUUUUUCGGUCCAUCCACGAAAUUCACAGUGAAAUCCACCUCCUGGACAUACAUAGCGUCCCGUGUGCUGGGCACCAGACCGCACUUGUGCAGCUGUCAGAGUCAAAAUGUGCCCCAACCAAAGCGACCACUUCCAGAGAGAUUUUGGUAUGAGAUCAAGACGACAGUGUCUCCAUACGCCCGGCUAAUGAGGAUAGAUCGCCCAAUUGGCUCCUGGCUGCUCUUCUGGCCGUGCGCCUGGGCGACGGGACUGGCAACGGCUCCCGGAUGUUGGCCAGACUUGUGGCUGUUGGCUCUGUUUGGCGCUGGAGCGUUCACGAUGCGCGGCGCCGGAUGCACGAUAAACGACAUGUGGGAUCGGGAUAUUGAUGCCAAAGUGGAGAGGACGAAGAGUCGUCCCCUCGUGAGCGGAGAAUUGAGUCAGACGGACGCCCUGGCGCUCCUCGCGGUGCAACUGGGCGUUGGCUGUAUUAUCCUGCAGAACCUCAACUGGUAUUCCGUUGUCCUGGGCGCCAGUUCGCUGGGUCUGGUGGUGAUCUACCCUCUGGCGAAGAGAGUCACGUACUGGCCACAGUUGGUGCUGGGCAUGACGUUCAACUGGGGCGCACUGAUUGGAUGGAGUGCCACCCAAGGAGCGGUGAACUGGUCCGCCUGCCUGCCACUCUAUGCCGCCGGCAUCUGCUGGACCAUCAUCUACGACACCAUCUACGCGCACCAGGACAAAGUGGACGACGCCCUGCUGGGCAUCAAGUCAACAGCUCUGCGGUUCGGGGACAAGACGAAGCUCUGGCUGAUGGGCUUCUCUGUUGCGAUGACAUCGGGUCUGACCACUUGCGGGCUGCUGUGCAACCAAUCCUGGCCAUAUUACGCGUCUGUCGCUCUAGUCACGGCUCAUGUGGUGCACCAGAUCUCCACGCUGAACAUCCACAAUCCUCAGGAUUGCGCCAAGAAGUUCAUCUCCAACCACCAAGUGGGGCUUCUGCUCUUCGUCGGGAUUCUCUUGGGCACUCUGCUGCAGAAUGCCGAGAAGAAAACCCUACCAAAGCCUAAAAUAAUACACGAAAAGCAGCAGCUCAGCAUUCAGUGA